UGUGAAUUAUUGCAAGAGCCGAAUGUUAUGUAUUUUGAAAACCAUCCUAAGCGACUUGAUUAUUUUUUGUUUGUACAUGCACACCACCACUCGUUGACUAACCACACCUGAGUGAUUACAAAGGAAUCGUUGGACUUCAAUGCCUUGUUUUAGGUAAAGAAGGGAUUCUUAUUUUUUCUUUCUUUUAUAUUUGGACGCUGCUUGCUCUUUUGUUUCUUGUUUUUCACUUUCAAUAGAAAUUUGGUGAAUUUCUUUAUGGUUGCAUAAUAACCAGGAAAACCCAAAGCAGAUAUAAAACAAGGAUAAAUAUAAAAUACUUUUAUCUGGUUUUCCUUUUUACUCCUUUUCCUAUAAUUAUUCCUUUGUUAAAAGAUGAGUUCAAAGCCAUUAGCAUCAAAAAAAGAUGAUAAGUACAUGUCAUCAAAAAAAGCCAAGAAAACUUCAAAGUCACGGCCUUUAGCAUCAAAAGUGUUCAAAAAGAAUGAGACGAGUUCUUUAGAACGGUCUUCUCGUCCAUCACUGUUAGUACUUUUUACAGUCUUGCUUGCUGCUAUUAUCUCAUUGAAUAUUUGGCCUAUAAAAUUAAAUGGAAAGUACUUAAUUAGCAAGAAAAAUACUCUUAAAUAUAAGAAUAAAGGGGAUUAUCAAACCGUUAUCGAGGGAAGGAAUGGUGCGGUCGCUACGGAAGAACAGACAUGCUCUUUGGUUGGAACUGAGAUCUUGAAAGCUGGUGGUAAUGCUGUAGAUGCAGCCAUUGCUAGCGGCAUUUGUAUUGGAGCCGUAAAUUCUUUCUCUAGCGGAAUAGGUGGUGGAGGUUUUAUGCUAAUUCGACAUCCUAAUGGAACAGCUAAUUCAUUAAAUUUUAGAGAGACAGCUCCUUCUGGUUCCUAUAAAGAUAUGUUUCAUGGUAACCCCAAUGUCUCCCAAGUUGGUGGAUUAUCUGUAGCGGUUCCAGGUGAAAUCGCUGGCUACGAAGUGGCAUGGAAGUUAUACGGUAAACUUCCGUGGGCUAAACUCUUUGAGCCUACAAUUCAUCUUAUGAAGUAUGGAAUGCCGAUGCCAAAAGAAUUAGCUUCACGCCUUCGUCGCCCAGAAUUUGAUUACUUUAAAACUCAUCCUACUUGGUCCAAAGUGUAUGCUCCUAACGGGCGUUUCUUAAAGGCUGGAGAAACAUUCUAUCGCCCAACUCUUGCAGCAACUCUCGAAGAAGUUAGUAAAUACGGUGCUGAAGUUUUUUAUAAAGGCAGCAUUGCCAAACGGUUAGUCGAUUUUGUUCAAGAAGAAGGUGGUAUUCUCACCUUGGAAGACAUGGCUAACUUUUCGGUCAUCGUAGAGAACCCAGUUUAUGGAAACUUUGAAGGUCGUGAAGUCAUCACCUGCGGAGCACCUUGUAGUGGUGAGGUACUAAUUUUGGGCCUAAACAUACUUUCGGAGGUAGACUUUUCUCAAGGAAAUUCUAUUCUUGGAUGCGAGAUUACUGACCUGGGUCUCCAUCAAUUGAUUGAAACUAUGAAGUGGAUGUCUGCUGGCCGGACGUUGCUGGGAGAUCCAACUUUCUUUGACAAUUCCCAACACGUCUUGCAGCUUCUUUCUAAGAGGCAUGCAGAUGAUAUUCGUGAAAACAUAUCACCGAACCGUACUUACGAUUUUACUCAUUACCACGCUGAAUAUGAUUUUCCCCAGAAUCACGGAACUACACAUCUUUCAGUAAUUGACAAAGAUGGUAUGGCUGUUGGUUUGACAGCUUCUAUUAAUUUGCUGUUUGGGGCCCAGAUUAUGGAACCCGGAACUGGUAUCAUUUUGAAUGACCAUAUGGAUGAUUUUGCUAGUCCGGGAAUUAUUAACGCGUUUGGACUUAGUCCUUCACCUUAUAAUUUCAUCCAACCUGGUAAAAGGCCGCAGAGUUCUGCUGUUCCUACCAUUCUUGUAAAUAAUGGAACCGUUGAAAUGGUUUUGGGUGGAAGCGGCGGUAGCCGAAUUGUCACUGCCGUUUUGGAUACAAUUAUAAAAAAGUAUAAAUGGAACAAAUCUUUAUUGGAUUCUAUUGAGAGUCCGAGAUUUCAUCAUCAGUUGAUGCCUAAUAUUGCAUAUAUUGAUGAAACCGUGGAAGAUGAAGUGAGACUAGCUUUGGAAAAGUUCGGACAUGUGAUAGAUUUGAUACCUGUCCGAUCUCCAUUCAGUGAAAUCCAAGCAGUUUUUAAGUCGAAUAAUACUUUGUAUGCUGUUAGCGAUAGUAGGAAACAAGCUGUCGCUGCAGCAUAUUAGAAGUAUUUAAAUGAAAAACGAUUAAUUUCCUAAUGAAGACAGAUUAGAAAAUAUUUUUGAUUCCUUGUUGACGACCAUAUGUUAAUUGUUAGAGACUGCUACUAAACGCAUUGUACUGUUUAUUCCCGAAAUAUCGAGGUUUUAUUUUGAAGGAAAAUAAUUAUUUGGAAUCUUUUAUUUAAUGCUAGAGGUAAU